CUGCCUCUGGGUGAGACGUCCAAUUCUUCUGGGCCCACGCUCCUUGUCGAGGGUACUUCCUCUUCCAAGUAAUGAAAACCCAGAUACUUCCCUCAACUCUGAGGAAGAGGGCACACCUGCUUUUAGCUGCAGGUAUAAAUUUUAGUCUCCCAGCCCCACUCUAGAACACUCAGCUGCUGCUGACACCAUGAAGUUCAGCCUGUUCCUUGCCCUCUGCUUCCCCUUCUGCCUGGUGGGCAUCGCCAGCUCAGAAAAGACCUCAGCCCAUCUCGAGCGAGAGGCUCCCCAGGAACUGCUCCAAACUCUGCCUGCCCUGUGCCGGCUCCCCCCCGUCGAGGGCCCCUGCCGAGGCCGUUUCUACCGCUAUUUCUACAACUCUACAGCCCAUGAAUGUGAGCACUUCACCUACGGUGGCUGUCGGGGCAAUGCCAACAACUUUGAGACCACGGAGAUGUGUCGGAGGGUCUGCAAACCCCCCGGCAGCAAUGUAACCUUCACGGGGGAUGACGGUGUUGACAGAGACGACGGAGGCGAGGGUGGCAGUGAUCAGGAUGAGAGAAGAAUGAGGACAAAGGACACAAGCUCCCUAUCACCAGGGGGUCCUCCUCAUGGAGGCCAGACUGAAUGCAAAACUGGGGACCUGCGUGUCUGUCCCCAGGCCCCGGCACCUGCUCUUUGCUGCCUGGGGCUCGACUACCAGCUCAGCUUCUACUCCACCUGUUCAGCUGGAGCCACGUCCUAG